CCCCUAACCUAAAUCAUGACCUUCUGUAUUUGUCAUGGUAAGAAUAAUUUUUUAUCAUCAUGAUGAUUAUAACAGGCUGUUUCCUUCAGGAGAAGAUGGAUCCAUUGCUGCCCAAGCUAAGCUUUUUUGACAUAAGUGUGCCAAAAAAUAGGCAACAAUGCCUUCUUAGGGCAACAAAGGAAGCCAAGGCACUGGCGAAUCGAAACACGUGCUUCAAAAAGACAACAGUCGAGGACCAAAAGACGGCUUGUGAGGAAGCUAAAAAGAGAUGUCGGCACUUCACCUCGACUCCAUCAGAGGAGCAGUAUCUCGGUCAGCUUCAUUUGACCUUUGGAAAAUACAAUGGCCAAAGCUUUAAAUGGCUGGUCGAGAAUGAUGUUGGCUACAUUAAGUAGUGAGUGUGUUGCACAAAACAGAAUCAACAUUUUUCAUAAUUCCUUUUUCCAUAAAUUAAUUAUAUUAUGUGACAUUUCAGUGUCAUUGAUCUGCAUGUAAAAGAAUGCCGGCAUCCCUAAAAAAAACCAUUAAUGACCGGAGGGUGAAGGACCUCCUCCUGAGGUAUGUGCAGCUGUUCCCUCCGGUCUCCUGCUACCUCGAGGUCAACGUGGACAGGGCAAUUUAUGGGCAGGACCGCUGCAGGUCGUUCACUUUCCUCGAGAUGCGGCAGUGGUACAGCCUGCACAAGCUGGGACCGGCCAAGAGAGAAAAUGGCGCAGGAGGCGUACACCUCUACAAAGCAGUGGCUGGUGAUGAAGGAGAAGGACAUCACCACCAAGUCCCAGAAGUGCUUCAGGCGCUACAUUCUCGAAAGAGAGAAUCCUCCACCAGAUUCCAAUCUUCCUGCCGCCACUUCCAGCUCUUCAAGGCUUUAUUGCCAGCCGCUGCCACCUCCCAGUUGUCAUGGUCCAAUGACGCUCUGGACGACACAGUCUUCUUGCCCAUCUCCACCAGCCAGCCUGUGUUCGUCAGGAGUCCCGAACAGCUGCCGCUCUCCACCAGCGUGCCAGCAACUGCAGACCAUCCUGAACAGAAUCCUUUGCGUAACGAGCAAGAAGGCAAAGCGCAGCAAGCACAAGAAGCCCCUGCUGUCCUCCACCAGCAAGGCUGGUUAGUCUCCCCCUGAUGCUCGCCCAGAGGAGCCAUCAUCGACCUCCAACAGCGUGACUGCGUCUGCCACCACCUUG